ACAAGCCGACUCUGUCACUCUACUCGCGGUGUCCGCAUCCCGUGCAACGCGUUUUUGCAGCGUUUUCAGAACUCCCAACGUGCAUGCUGCUGAGUAGUGCAGAGGGUAUCCAAUUUUGAGAUUUCGUUUAGUGAGACGAAGAAAAGCACUUUAAAAUGUCGCUGCAGGAGAAUUUCGAUAAAGCCGUGGAGAAUGUAAAGGUGCUCAAAUCGACGCCCUCCGACGCGGAUCUGUUGGAGAUCUACGGGCUCUACAAGCAGGCGACCGUGGGCGAUUGCAAUACCGAGAAGCCGGGUCUGCUUGACUUUAAGGGGAAGUCGAAGUGGGAAGCCUGGAACAAGCGAAAGGACACCCCGCAGGAGGCGGCCAAGCAGGCAUACGUCGACAAAGUUCAGCAACUGAUCGAAAAACAUGGCCUAUAAGAUGUUGGCUACCAAAAGCAAAGCACACAAAUUCACUGCGGACCUCGACCGCGCCACGUUCAAGCGACUAACGUGUUACCGGAAUGACGAACCUAAUCCCCACGAGUGAACUUGUAUACGCUGAACGUAUAUGUGUGUGUAAAAAUGCCUGUAAGGCAUUGAUGUAUGUUAAAAAAUCGUUAAGUUAUCGCUUAACCUCUGCUAGGUUGAUAAAUGUGGAACAUUUCUUUCUCUCGAACAAACUGUUUUUUGGUUUAAUAAAAUUGAUGUAGUCGAUCGAUUC